AUUUGAACGGAGUAUCGUCAGUGUUGCACACUGUCAAAACGUAAACCAGCAGCACUGCACGACUGGGACCUGCAUUUUUCUUGUGAAAACUUUUGAAUAUCUGCAUUUUCGAGAGGAACAAUCAGUGAUGGAGGAGGAAGAUGAUUGCCCAGAGCUGGUGCCCAUCGAAACCCAGCCCGGUCCUCUUACAGAGCAGAUACCUGUCACCAUCAUCACCGGCUACCUCGGUGCUGGAAAGACCACUCUCCUGAACUAUAUCUUAACAGAACAACACAACAAACGGAUUGCCGUCAUACUCAAUGAAUUUGGAGAAGGCAGCGCCCUUGAGAAGUCGCUGUCAGUGAGCGACGGCGGAGAGCUGUAUGAGGAGUGGCUGGAGCUAAGAAAUGGCUGCCUCUGCUGCUCUGUCAAGGACAAUGGUCUUAAAGCCAUAGAGAAUCUGAUGCAGAAAAAAGGAAAGUUCGACUACAUCUUGUUAGAAACGACAGGACUUGCUGAUCCAGGAGCCGUGGCCUCCAUGUUCUGGGUCGAUGCAGAGCUCGGCAGCGACGUCUAUCUGGAUGGCAUUGUCACCGUCAUCGAUGCCAAGUAUGGACUGCAGCAACUAACAGAGGAAAAAGCAGAAGGACUACUCAACGAGGCAGCCAGGCAGAUCGCCCUCGCUGACAUGACCAUUAUCAACAAGACGGAUCUGGUGAAUGAAAAGGAACUUGCACAAGUCAGAGAUGCUGUCAGGUCUAUAAAUGGUCUUGUCAAGAUCUUAGAAACCCAGAGAUCAAGGGUGGAUCUCUCUAAAGUUCUGGAUCUACAUUCUUUCGACAGUAAAGAUGGAGUCAAUCUAGCAGAGAAGCUCCAGCUUGUGAAGCCUGCAAGACCACAUCUGGACAAGAGUAUUUUAACGGUGACGUUUGAAGUAGCUGGUGAUCUUUCUGAGGACGCCUUAGAUAUCUUCAUCCAGGAUCUCCUAUGGGAAAAGAUGUUCAAAAACAAAGAAGGGCAACCCAUGACUGUCAUCCGGUUAAAGGGCAUAGUAUCAUUUGCAGGUAAUGCCCACCAAGUGAUGCUGCAGGGGGUCCACGAGCUGUACGAGCUGAAUGACACUCCACAGCUUUGGGAGGAGAACUCACGGAUCAACCGACUGGUCUUUAUAGGUAGGAACCUGGACAAGGACAUUCUGCAGGAACAUUUCAUCUCAAAUGUGGUGCAAGUAGCAAAGAGAAAUUAGUCAGAAGCUUUUCUCUCGUCUGCGAAAACUAAAACUGUUGAUUCUGGAGAAAAUUUUGGGGCUUUGGCCAUCCAUAAAUCUGGGACUGUGAUUCAGCCGUUCACUCCAGUUCCUUUCCUAUAAAGGGAAGAGAUACAUCAGAGAAUGGCUAAGAUUACUGUUGUCUUAAAUUGUGAUAACUUAUCACAGCUUAUUUUAAAAGUAUAUCAAAGUCAUAGUCAGAGUGUUUAUGUUGCUCUAGUGCCUGAGCUAAUUGCUGUGUAUUGUGUUUCUCAACAUGACCUCUAAGAUGCUAAAAAAAUCUAUAAAUUUAAUCAGUGCAUUGUAUCUUUUAUAAAGAUGGCUUUUAUAAAAUCUGCCAUUUGUAAAGGUCGGAGCCCCACCUAGUUUUGGAAGGUGCAGAGUGAUGCACAAAUCAAGCCGUGGUUGAAGACUGUAUUUUGCAAAAUGAAAUGGCCUCGCUUAUGAUUCUGGCUUCGAACAUGCUUCAUUUUUAAGUUAUUAGAAAUAAAGUUUUACUGAACAUG